CUGAUUGGACGCUCCUUCCUCACUAUCACCAUGCCCACUUACCGUAGGUUGCAGCAGUACGCCAUUGCUAUCAGCAUCGCCAGCGUUCUCUACAAUGGCGCCGAAGGCGCAGUUUCUAUUGCAUUUGGCUCUGAAACCGGCUCUCGUUCUCUCGUUUUCUUUGGGAUCCAGUCCGGCAUCGAAGUUGCUUCCGCCCUUCUCGUCCUGUGGAGAUUCAAGUCCGUUGCUCAACCCGGCGAAGAGAACGACCACUGUUUGAGUGAGAGAGACCUCAAGAUCGAAAAGGUCGCAUCAGGCAGCAUUGGCGCACUUCUCCUUCUCCUCGCUCUUGCAACGGAGAUAUCCUCCAUCGUCUCGCUUGCCCUGCAUCUUACUCCCGAGACAUCCGACUCUUCGCUCAUCAUCUCCGGCUCGGCGCUCUUCAUCAUGAUCCUGAUCUGGCUCCCUAAAGGAUACCUCGCACGCGCUUUGAAUAGCAGUGUGAUGCAAGGCGAGGCGAAAUGCUCCCUGUCUUGCAUCCAGAUCACGAUUGUACUCUUUGUCGGCUCUCUCAUCUUCCGGUUCUGGAAAGGUGGAUGGUGGGUGGAUAGUGCAACAUCCAUCGUGCUCGGCCUCUUUUUCGGAUGGGAAGGAUACAAGAUGCUCAGAUGGGUGACAAAUCCCGCCUUUGAUGGGGGCUGCUGUGCGCAUGAUCGCCCUGCUACUAUCCAUCUUGAAGACGGGAAAGAACUACAAGAGCCCUACCGUGACUUGUGUGAAUGCUGUCUAAACAAGAGCGAAUGCAAAGAGGCGGAUUCGUGCCAAUGCUCAAGCGUAGACCUCGACCAGCCGACCGACUGUUGCCAACCCACUGCUGUCGACGACUCGAAGUGCUGCACUCAUGAUGUCAUCCCUCGCGUAACGGUGCAACGAAUUGCUGCUCAUCUCCAAUGACCCAGCCCGACUCUUGCUGUCAAACCAAUCCGGGGACCGAGCCCUGCUCUCAGCCCAUCCGACAGAACGAUUCGUGCUCCGAUUCAGUGGCCCAGAUCGACUCCUGCUGCUCUCCGGAAUUCGAUCGCCCUUCUCCUGCUACAGCCCGAAAGGCAGGCUCCUGCUCCCAUUCGGCUGUUUAGUUCGACUAGCGAUAAGGCUGGAUGUAUGCGUUAUGCCAUCUGUGCUAUGUCUGAGCUCUAGAGGACGAUCUCCCCAUGUAUGCGUUCAAACUCAGGCGUUUGUUGACCUUUCCGGAGAAAUCCGGCAGGUAGUAUGUCCCAAAGCCAGAACAGGUGUGGGGAAACCGGGGACAUC